AUGCCAUGGCGCCAGUCAACAGCACGUGUUUAUCGUAGCGGUUCGAGCCGCGACUGUACGGUUUUGGCUGAUCGAAAACAGACGGAGUUCCGACCCGGGGUGACACUGCCAGGCACGGAGCGCACCAACACCCCUGCCGUGGACCUGGGCCGUCAAGUUGCAAUCAUGUUCUUGCUGAUUUUUCUUUCUUACUUUAUUUCAUUCAUUUAUUUUUCUUCUUUUCUCUCUUCUAUUGACUUCUCUUGUCUUUCUUUCUUUUUCUUCUUUUCUAUCUUCUGUUGUCUUGUCUUUCUUUCUUUCUUUCUUUCUUUUUCUUCUUUUCUCUUCUGUUUUCUUUCUUUCUUUCUUUCUUUCUUUCUUUCUUUUUCAUCUUUUCUCUCUCCUGUUGUCUUGUCUUUCUUUUUCUUCUUUUCUCUCUUCUAUUGUCUUGUCUUUCUUUCUUUUUCUUCUUUUCUCUCUUCUGUUGUCUUGUCUUUCUUUCUUUCUUUCUUUCUUUUUCUUCUUCUCUCUCUUCUAUUGUCUUGUCUUUCUUUCUUUUUCUUCUUUUCUCUCUUCUGUUGUCUUGUCUUUCUUUCUUUCUUUCUUUUUCUUCUUCUCUCUCUUCUGUUUUCUUGUCUUUCUUUCUUUUUCUUCUUUUCUUUCUUCUGUUGUCUUGUCUUUCUUUCUUUCUUUUUUUCUUUCUUUUUUUCUUUCUUUCUUUUUCUUCUUCUCUCUCUUCUAUUGUCUUGUCUUUCUUUCUUUUUCUUCUUUUCUCUCUUCUGUUGUCUUGUCUUUCUUUCUUUCUUUAUUUUUCUUCUUUUCUCUCUUCUGUUGUCUUGUCUUUCUUUCUUUCUUUCUUUCUUUUCUUCUUCUCUCUCUUCUAUUGUCUUGUCUUUCUUUCUUUCUCUCUUUCUUUUUCUUCUUCUCUCUCUACUGUUUUCUUGUCUUUCUUUCUUUCUUUCUUUUUUUCUUUUUCUUCUUCUUUCUCUUCUGUUUUCUUGUCUUUCUUUCUUUCUUUCUUUCUUUUUCAUCUUUUCUCUCUUUGUUGUCUUGUCUUUCUUUUUUUCUUUUCUCUCUUCUAUUGUCUUGUCUUUCUUUUUUUUUUUCUUCUUUUUUCUCUCUUCUGUUGUCUUUCUUUUCUUUCUUUCUUUCUUUUUCUUUUUCUUUCUUUUUCUCUCUUCUGUUUUCUUUCUUUUUUCUUUCUUUCUUUCUUUCCUUUUCAUCUUUUCUCUCUCUUUUGUUGUCUUUGUUUUUUUUUUCUUUUCUUCUUCUAUUGUCUUGUCUUCUUUCUUUCUUUUUUCUUCUUUUCUCUCUUUUUGUUGUCUUUCUUUCUUUCUUUCUUUUUUUUCUUCUUUUCUCUUCUGUUUUCUUGUCUUUCUUUCUUUCUUUCUUACUUUCUUUUUCUUCUUUUCUCUCUUCUGUUUUCUUGUCUUUCUUUCUUUCUUUCUUUUUCUUCUUCUCUCUCUUCUAUUGUCUUGUCCUUCUUUAUUGUUCUUCUUUUCUCUCUUCUGUUGUCUUGUCUUUCUUUCUUUCUUUUUCUUCUUCUCUCUCUUCUAUUGUCUUGUCUUUCUUUCUUUUUUCUUUUUUCUCUCUCUUCUGUUGUCUUUCUUUCUUUCUUUCUUUCUUUCUCUUCUUUUUCUGUUUUCUUGUCUUUCUUUCUUUCUUUCUUUCUUUUUCUUCUUUUCUCUCUUCUAUUGUCUUGUCUUUCUUUCUUUUUCUUCUUUUCUCUCUUCUGUUGUCUUGUCUUUCUUUCUUUCUUUUUCUUCUUUUCUCUCUUCUGUUUUCUUGUCUUUCUUUCUUUCUUUCUUUCUUUUUCUACUUUUCUCUCUUCUGUUUUCUUGUCUUUCUUUCUUUCUUUCUUUCUUUUCUUCUUUUCUCUCUUUCUUUCUUUCUUUCUUUCUUUCUUUUCUCUCUUCUAUUGUCUUGUCUUUCUUUUUUUUCUUUUCUUCUCUUCUUCUUGUCUUGUCUUUCUUUCUUUCUUUCUUCUUUUCUCUCUUCUGUUUUCUUGUCUUUCUUUCUUUCUUUCUUUCUUUCUUUUUCAUCAUUUCUCUCCUGUUGUCUUGUAUUUCUUUUUCUUUUUUCUCUCUUCUAUUGUCUUUCUUUCUUUCUUUUUCUUCUUUUUCUUCUUCUUCUUGUCUUGUCUUUUCUUUCUUUCUUUUUUUUUUUCUUCUUUUCUCUCUUCUGUUUUUUCUUGUCUUUCUUUCUUUCUUUCUUUUUCUUCUUCUCUCUCUUUAUUUCUUGUCUUUUUCUUUCUUUUCUUCUUUUCUCUCUUCUGUUGUCUUGUCUUUCUUUCUUUCUUUCUUUUUUCUUUUUUCUCUUCUGUUGUCUUGUCUUUUUUCUUUCUUUCUUUCUUUUUUUCUUUUCUCUCUUCUCUUUUUUUUGUCUUUCUUCUUUCUUUCUUUCUUUCUUUUCUUUCUUCUUUCUUCUCUUCUCUUUCUUUGUCUUGUCUUUCUUUCUUUUUCUUUCUUUUUUCUCUUUCUGUUGUCUUGUUUUUUCUUUCUUUUUUCAUCUUUCUCUCUCU